AAUCAGAAAACCUUAACUUGUCUUACAAUAGUUUCAGCAGUUCCAGCAUCCUUUAAGAUGAAGUUCCUCUUCGUGGUUGCCCUUAUUGCCGUGGCUAUUCAGGUGGCCUAUUCUGCAUCUUCCACGACAACUACCACUACAACAACCACAACCACUGAUGCAACAACCACCACAACCGCCUCCUCCACCCACAAGCGUUGUUGGAAGGGCAACAACUGGUGCCACACCCGCAUCCCCAAGAGGAAGUGCAAGCACCCGAAGAGGUGCCACAAGACCGUCGUCAUUGUGACCCACAAGAAAGGGUGAAGAACCCAAGAUGAAGAGCUGUUGAAUCACAUAAAUAAAAACAUUAUUGCUUUUCGAUUAAUCAAAAGAAA